AGCACUGUACAAUCAGCUGUUUGAAAAAAACAACAAAUUAAAUAAACAUUUUGGAAAAAUACACAAAAAACUGAUGGAAUUCGUAGAUAAAAUGGAUCUGGAGAAUGAGAGAGUGCUCAAGCUGAUAUUCCCCGAUGGUGUGCCAGACAAUCUGCGUGGCAAUCCCGAACUGGACAACUAUCUCGGAAAACUGGGCACCUACAAGGUGGAGCAGCUGAAAAAGGAGCAAACACGCCUGGCCGACGAGACCAAGACCAUAUUGGAGCAGACCCAGGACCUGGCCAUCUCCAACUACAAGACAUUCAUCACGACGGCGGAGAACUCGCGGUCGAUAUUCAACGAGUUCCUGAAGACGGAGGAGCAGGUGGGCACACUGAUUGGCAAGCUGCCAGAGUUCAGCGGCAAGUGCGAGCAGUUCCUGAAGGACUCCGCCGAGCUGAACGAGCAACGGCGCCUCAAUUCCAUAACGCUGCAGAAGAACGCCCAGCUGCUGACGAUACUCGAGCUGCCGCAGCUGAUGGAGCGCUGCAUACGCGAGGGACGCUACGAGGAGGCCCUGGAGCUGGCCGCCUACGUGCAGAAGCUGGGCCAGCAUCAGGGCCACAUUUCUGUGGUGAACAGCAUUGUGCGGGCCGUGGAGGCCUUGUGGCACACCAUGCUGGUGCAGCUGGUGGCCCAGUUGCGUUCGGACUUGCAGCUGCCCAAGUGCCUGCAGAUCGUUGGAUACCUCCGGCGGAUGCAGGCAUUCGGCGACAACGAACUAAAGCUGAAGUUCCUGCAGGCUCGCGACUCCUGGCUCACCUCCUGCCUUGAAGCCAUUGCCACAGCGGAUGCCCAGCAGCAUCUGACCAAGACCAUCGAGAUCACGCGCAUCAAUCUGUUCAACAUCAUCACCCAGUACCGGGCCAUAUUCCCGGAGGAAGAGGCCGCUGCCAAGGCGACGGGCGGUAGUCUGAGGCCCUUGCAGGGUGUUAGCUGCAACGGCGAUCGCCUCUUCCAGGCCUGGCUGCACAACAAAAUCAAUGCGUUCUUGGAGACGCUCGAGAAGGAUCUGGAACGCGGCGUUGGAUCCAUUGAGACGGUCUUGGGACAGUGCAUGUACUUCGGGCUCUCCUUCAGCCGCGUCGGUGCCGACUUUCGGGCCCUCAUGGCCCCCAUCUUUGUGGGCGUGGUGCAGCGCAGGUUCGAGGCCAGCAUUGAGCAGGUGAACGAGCACUUUGAGCAGGAGCUGGAGAGGUUCACGCUGAUCAACAAGGUGACGCUGCACUCCCGCAAGCAGCUGGAUCCCGCCUCGCUGUCCGCCAGCGAGCACGAGUCCUUUGCGCCACCAGAGACUCUUCUGGACUUCUACCCACUGGCCGCCCUCUGCAACGGCUAUCUGAAUGCGUUGAACGAGCUGCGGCUCUGUGCCCCACUGGCCCUGGCCACAGACGUCACGUGCUGCUUGGAGCAGUCGCUGCAGCUGGUAGCUCAGCGGGUGCUCGCCUUCUACCGCCAGGAGCAGCAAGCCUUCACGGGCAACGAGCGCGAGAGCUUCGUGAAGCUGUGCUCCUGCCUGGCCUACGACCUGGUGCCCUAUGUCCAGCGCUGCAUCCACGGCGUCUUCCCACCCCAGUCGCUUACCCUUCACCUGGGCAUCAGCCUCCUGCAGCUGGAGCAGCAGCAGCUCACCUUUCUGCAGCAGACACGCAUCCUAGAGCCCCUCAAGCAUCUCCUGCCCACCAAGGUGCUGCUACAGCCACCGCCUGCCCAGGCAGCCGCUCUGGAGGCAAAGCCCAGCGUCAAUCUACCCGUCGCUGCCGAGGGAUGAGUUCUGGUAGCCAUCAAUCUUUCCACAUUUCUAAACAAUGUUUAUCGGCAGUAGUAUAUACAUACUCGUAUGUUUUUAUUCGUUAUACAUGUAAAUAAUAAAGAUUAAAUAUUGAAUUUUA